AUGGAGGUUGGAUUUUUGGUAGUGGGGCUUUCGCUCGGAUCUGUUCGUCAUUUUCUGGAGUUUCCUGGGCGAUUUCUUGGCCAAGAUUCUUGCCAGGAAUUGGUUUCAGCACCUUUCCACUUCGCAACAUUACUACAUUUGCAUUCUGUCUCGAUGAUUAUAAUAUCAAAUCUUGCCAAACUUGAAUUUGCGGCCUUAGACAUCUCAGGCAAGAACUAUUUGUCAUGGGUGUUAGAUGCUGAAAUUCACCUAGAUGCUAAAGGUCUAGGAAAUACUAUAUUAGCAGAUAAAGAAGCAUCUAAUCAAGACAAGGCAAAAGCAAUGAUUUUCAUCCGUCAUCAUCUGCAUGAAGGAUUAAAAGUGAAAUAUCUCACUGUGAAAGACCCUCUUGAGUUGUGGAAAAAUUUGAAAAAACGAUUUGACCAUCAGAAAACUGUGAUACUCCCUAAAGCUCGUUAUGAUUGGAUGCACUUACGGUUGCAAGAUUUUAAGACUCAGCAAUACCGUGAAAAAGGUUUUAAAAGGUAUUCUGAAUUGAUUUCAUGCCUUUUGGUGGCUGAACAAAAUAAUGAGCUAUUGAUGAAAAAUCAUGGAAUUCGUCCCACUGGUUCUGCACCAUUCCCCGAAGUGAAUGUAGCAGUACACAAUAAUUAUGAAAAUAGAAAAUAUAGAAGUCGCGGCCGUGGUCGUGGACGUAGUGAGGGACGUGGUCGAGGACGUAUUAGUAAUCGCUAUCAUGGUGGUCAUAACAAUGAUACUUCUAACCACCAGAAAAAGAAUAACAAUGAAAGACAAGAAAGAAGUGGUCAAAAUAAUCCUUUAAAGAUUGUUGAGAAUAUAUGCUACCGAUGUGGUAUGAAAGGGCAUUGGUCACGUACCUGUCAUCCGUCUGAGCAUUUAGUGAAACUUUAUCAAGCAUCCGUUAAAAGGAAGGGAAAGCAUAUUGAGACAAAUUUUAUAUCCCAAAAUGAUGAAAUAGAGGCAAAAGAUGAAGAUAUUCACUAUAAUAAUAAAACUGACCAUGCCUACGAGGAUGAUAAAUUUAAUGACCUUAAUAAUAUAACUCACCUAGAUGUCGCAGAUUUCUUUGAGAAUUAUUAG